AUGGUGCUUCAAAAAACAUUCGGUGUAUUCGGGCAUUUAGUGAUCCUCGGAACUCUGCUGCAGUUGUGUAGAGCCGCUAGUGAGGAUAUCAGUGGUAGUGUACCAGCUGCUGGCGCAACAUAUCAAAAUGCUGGUAUGCGCACAGUUUUGCGCGUUUAUGACGAGUGCUCCAAAUCGGAGGGUGGUUUCGUGCCAUGUUUGAAGAAAAAGACAGUUUCGUUUAUCGAUCGGAUCUCGAUAAUUGACGCUAUUACCGUUGCCGAUGGGAUAAAAGUUGUACGGCUACCAGAUGCACCGAUACCAAGGCCAGUUAGUGAAAAUGAAUUGGAAUCGAUAUUGCCACGAUCGAUCGAUGAUCGUGACACAAAGUUAACGACAAUGCUGAUCGAUCGGUUGAGUCGAUUUUUUAAUGGCCAUUCGAUGCAAGUGAACUUUCCAAAGUUGACGUCGGAAGAGAUCGGUCGAGGAUUGGAAGAAGGUCGCGGUAAAAUGAAGAAGAUGAUGGGAAUGAUGAUGAUGGGAAUGGCCAUGAAAAUGAUGGGAAUGAUUCCUUUGGCAAUGGGUGCGUUAUACAUAUUGGCAGGAAAGGCGCUUAUAAUUUCAAAGAUUGCACUCCUCCUGGCUGGUAUUAUUGGAUUGAAGAAACUCAUGUCUGGUCGUGGAGGCAAUGGCGGUGGUGGUGGUGGCAGCUCGGGUUGGUCAUCUGGUGGUGGUGGAGGCGGUGGCGGAUGGUCAUCGGGAGGUGGUGGAAGUGCUGGAUGGGAUAGACGUUCACUAAAUGAAGCUCAAGAACUGGCGUAUCGUGGUUACAGUAAAGCACAACAGCAAGCACAGCAACAACAACAACAACAACUAUUACAACAACCAUCACAAAUGCAACAAGAAGUUCAAAAGUCAUAG